CUGUAAAACCAGAUUCCAAUUGUUAAAACUCUUCUGCCGUCGAAACAUUAAACGACCAGUUUACAGGCAUCAGAUACCAAUCACAGAGAUAAUGCUGCUCUCAACCACCCAAUCAGCAUUCCGCAAUAACAACAACGCGCAACACAGCCAGCUUUCCUCUCUUACUAGCCCAAGCAAAGAUGCCUCUUCGCCAGGUCAACAAGAGGUCAAGGGCUCGCCAGUCGAAACCACAGGGGUUAAAGUAGACCCGACAUCCGAGGGACGCCAGGAACCAACGGUUUUACUCUGUUUCCACUGCGGCCAGAUGUGUGCCAGUGCGUGGGAACUAGUACAGCAUUUCAGCCAGUUCCACAGCCAGAUUUAUGCUCCUGGAGCAAAUAUAUCCAUCUCGGCAAAUAAAGAUACACCAGCAGUUCAUACUGAAUCUAAAACAGAAAACGUAAAAACAGAGACUGAUUUCGAACAUUGGAAGAUGGAAGUUGAUGAGCCUAGUCUAUUCAAAGAGUUGAAAGAUAAUCGAAAAAUGUCAAGCCUCAAAAUCUCAAAAAUUAACUUUUCUCGAGGGCAAAGAUCGAGUUCAAGAUUGGGAGUUGUUCAUUCUGCCGUCAAAAUUAAAAGCAGAUCUGCAUUGAAGAAGUACCUCAAAACUUGCAAGGAAGAAGGGCAAAAUACUAACUGUGCCCGUUGCGAGAUCAAUUUCAGCUCGAUCACCAAAUUGAAAAUCCAUUUGCGAGCUCAUCGGCUUAAAUUGUUGGAAAGAGGACAAAAGAAACCCCAAGAUUUCAGCGUGAAAAAAGAAAACCAGAAAAUGAAAUCGGAAAACGCCACUCUUUUUGUCGACACCUCGUCGCCAAACAGUGCAAUGGAAACGGCAGAGCGUGAAGAGAAGUCGCAAAAAUCUUCAAAGGAGUCAACAAAAUCAAGCAAAACAUCAGGGGGAAAGAUCCAUCGAUGGUUUGCCGAUGAAGAGCAGGAUAAAAUUGUACAGCCCACAUCUACGCCUAGAUAUGAGUUACCCGAAACAAUCUUAGACAAAUUCAAACAAUCAGCGUCUAGAGGUUCAUUUAACAUACCAUGCACUGAAACAUAUUCAACAGCCACUGGAAAUUUACGAGAUCCAUCGAUCCUUCAUAGUAAGCUACUCCAGGAUAAAACCAGGCCAGGCGGAAUGGAUUUGUCUAAUCCAGGCAAAUUGAGCGAGGUCAACAAAUUCCCCAACAUGGUAGCGUCAUUAGCGUCGGCCGGGAACAUUCCAAUCAACCAGAUUCUUCAGCAACAAGCAAUACUUCUCAAUGGCUCGGUUCCAAAUGGACUAGGAUUGGAUGCUGUUUUAUUGAGCAAGCUAUACCAGCAGCAGAUUCAAAACCAAAUCAACCAACAACAACAACAAUCCAGGGUCCUGAAUCCCAACGUUUCCGUCCAGGCACCGCCUACGUCACAACGCAUUCACACUUCUAUCCCAUCAUCCUCCGUGAACAGCUUUGGCAUUCCGCCUAAUGUACUCAAUUACUCAACCCUAGCUUCGCUCGGACUACCAGGAAACUUAAACGCCAUGGCUUUUAAUCACUCACAAGGCAACAAUGCAGUAAAACGCUCACUUAUAUCUUACCAACCCAUUUCUUCGAGUCCAUCCAGUGAGAAAAGCCAGCACCCAUUUAUGGCUAUGAGCGACAAACGAAGUGAUAUCAAGACGAUUCCUAACAUUCCAGUCAACAGUUCGACCCUACCAGCACAUAUGAGUCACCUUUUCCAACAACCAACGUCACAACACCCUAGUUUUCCCAUGAAUUUCUCGCAGUACAGUAAAAUAGGGACGGCAGCAAUUAAUCAAGCGCAAUUCUUCAACGACAAAAACGGAUCUCGAAGACCGGAUGCUGAAUCUGAGUUUGCACAACGUUCACUAUCCAAUGAGCUGCUCAAAAACUGGCUGCUCAAUUCCAAGAACCCCGCUUCACUUUUACAGCAACCUCAACUUAAUGGAUACAGUGCAUUAUACAACACUGUCCAAAAUAACUCACACUUGAGCUCACGAAUUGCCGCCAAUCUAGAAUCCGCAGCCAAAAUGUCGAUAACAGCACCACCUAAACCUCCUAUGUUUGGAUCCCAGACUGCCUCAUCAGGAGGUAUGCAGGGUUCCGUUACUUCGACAUCAUCAACCGGAAGUCGAAGAACCGACACGUGCGAAUUCUGUGGAAAAGUGUUCAAAAACUGCAGCAACUUGACCGUUCACAGACGCACGCAUACAGGCGAAAAACCAUAUCACUGCACGCUGUGUAACUAUGCGUGUGCACAGAGCAGUAAGCUCACACGUCACAUGAGAACGCACGGAAGAGAAGGACGAGAGACGUUUCUGUGCGACAUAUGCAAAAUGCCGUUUUCGGUCUAUUCGACUUUAGAGAAGCACAUAAAAAAAUAUCACGACAAAUUCUGAUAGCUUUCCCUGGCAGACUCAAAACUCUUAAUUUAUGUCUAAAUUUAUCCAAUAUUAUUUUGCUGUGCAAUAUCUUAAUUAGUAACAAAAUUUUGAAGUA